AUGCAGAAUCAAGCAGUGACGAUUCUCAACACGGCCGCAAGCUCUGUGCUGACGGACCGCUACCUCAACCGCGGCACGGCUUUCACGCCGGAUCAACGGCAGAAGCUGCGCAUUGUGGGCCGCCUGCCUCCGGUCGUGGAGACGCUGGAGGAGCAGAUUGCCCGCGUCUACGAUCAGCUGAAGAGGUACGACAAGCCGAUUAACCGCUACCAGCACCUUGCUGCGGUCCACGCAACGAACACGACACUGUACUACGCCACCAUCCUGGCCCAUCUCCAGGAGACGCUGCCCGUCAUUUACACCCCAACCGUUGGCGAGGCGUGCCAGAACUACAACCACCUCUUCAUCCGUGAGCGUGGCCUGUACUUCAACCGCCUGUACAAGGGCAUGUUCCGCAACAUCAUGAAGGAGGCGGCGUACAAGCGCGUGGACAUCGUUGUCAUCACUGACGGUUCCCGCAUUCUGGGUCUGGGCGACCUCGGCGCCAAUGGUGUGGGCAUCAGCAUCGGCAAGUGCUCGCUGUACGUGGCUGGCGCGGGCAUUAACCCGCAGCACGUUGUCCCCGUGAUCUUGGAUGUUGGCACCAACAAUGAGAAGUACCUCUCCGACAAGGGCUAUCUUGGAAUACGCGAACGCCGCCUCGGUGACGACGACUUCUACUGCCUUCUUGAUGAGUUUAUGGACGCUGCCAGGGAUGUGUGGCCAAGCGCCGUUGUCCAAUUCGAGGACUUCAGCAACAACCACUGCUUCGGCAUGCUGGAGCGCUACCAGAACAAGUACCGCUGCUUCAACGACGAUAUCCAGGGCACCGGUGCGGUGAUCGCCGCCGGCUUCCUCAACGCCAUGCAGGUGAGCGGUAUCCCAGUGAAGGACCAACGGAUUUUAUUCCUAGGUGCUGGUUCAGCGGCGACAGGCGUUGCACAGUGCAUUGCCACUCUUGCCUCCGCCGAAUUCAAUGUUCCUAUGAAAACGAUGCAUGAUACCAUAUAUCUGGUGGAUUCUAAGGGCCUUGUGACGACGACACGCGGCGACAAGCUGGCGGCACACAAAGUGUCAUGGGCCCGCACCGACGUCUCUGCGGAGGACUCUGCGAAGCUGAGCACGCUGGAGGAUGUCGUGCGCUUUGUCAAGCCAACUGCGCUGAUCGGACUCAGCGCUAUCGGCGGUGCUUUCACGGAGGAGAUUGUCAAAUUCAUGAGCUCGUACUGCGAGCGUCCCGUGCUAUUCCCGCUUUCAAACCCCUGUAGCAAGGCAGAGAUAAGACCUGAUGACGCGUACAAGUGGACAAAUGGUACUGCGAUUGUUGCGUCCGGCAGUCCGUUCCCGGCGGCGACGCUUGGCGGCAAGACGUACAUGCCAUCGCAGGGCAACAACCUCUACAUUUUCCCGGGAGUGGGGUUGGGCUGCGCCAUUGCGCAGCCGCCUUACAUCCCACAAGAAGCACUUAAUGCAGCAGCAUCGGCACUUAGCCGUAUGGUCGAUCCAGAAGUUGUGAAGGCAGAGGGCACACUUUACCCUCCCAUCGAAAACGUUCGUGAGGUUUCAAUGCACGUGGCGGUGGCUGUCAUAGAGGAACUGCAGCGUAUGGGCUUAGCGAAGAGCGACCUGCCCAAGACCAAGCCAGAGCUCAUAAAGCUGGUCGAGAGCGGUAUGUGGGAGCCGAGAUAUUUGGAGCCAGAGUACUACUUGACACGGGAAUUCAAUUAG